CUAGUCCAAACACUGGACGGACGGGAACACAGGCAGGCUCAGCUCCCGUCUCUUUAGGGUUCCUUGACCUCAAGGCGCACCCCGCGCCUUGCCCCGCGCCAACGGCACACUCGAGCAGUGUCAAACUUGCGCGCAUCCUUUAGCUAUAUCCGUGGUAUAUUGUAACCUGCGUGGCCGGUUCCAUCACUGCGCGCAAGGAUGCCACAUUUUUAAUGCCCGUUCGGGCGCCAUGGAGCUCAUAAUACGCGCCCUCGCCUCCUCCUGCGGGCCACAUCAAGACUAUCAUAUAUACACACAUUCUUUCGAUGGCGCUGUCGCAUACUGCAUUUCACAGCGCGCGCUUGAAUUGCGAACUGUGAGUACUGGCCCCCGUGGCCCAACCUUCUCUCCCUUCUCAACCACCUCCUCAUUUGCUCUUAAACUGAUAGUCUGCCUGCUAAUCGCGAGUGCAGCAGCAGCUGACUAUUCGUAGUAGCAGUCGCCGUCGCAACGGGGCUGGUCCCUGGUAUCUUGGCCCGAGCCCGCUGAGUGACUCACUGACAGUGUUCUUGCAAGCAUCUUGCAGCCACAAUGGCAGCUUACUCGGGAACGGGCGCAAAUACGCCGUUCGCCACCCAAUCAACACUUCGUGCUCCAGUCGAUAUUGACGGAGCUAGUGCAUCCUCGUCAAUGUCACCGGUGUGUGUGCGCCCGGUAGCGAGCCGGCGCCGCUCGUUGGUGCUCGACUUCUGUGAGAGCGGCAUGUUGACGUCGUCGGCGCCUGAGCUCUCUGAAGGACCCGCUGCGCCAGCACGGGACCCCUCGGCGUACGGGUUGCCCCAACUGCCCGGCGGCACGUCCGCCGCGUCGUCAUCGUGGUGCCGCACCGGCAGCAUGAGCCGAGCGGAGCCCACAAGCCUCUUUCAGAGGGCCUCGUACGCGUCUUCCUCGUCGCACAGCUCAGUCGUGCCCAGCCUGGGCUCUGUGCCACCAGCUGUCCCACCCGCGGCCUCUGCGCCAUAUCGGAAGGCGUUUGUGGCGGCGUCAUUCGGCUCAGCAAUAGGCGGUCACCAGUCCGGCGGCGCGGUGAGUGCAGCGCCCGGUUCAUCCACAAACGGACGCAAGCGGCUGCACCAGGAAGGAGCGGCAGAUGUGGAGGACAAAGACAGUAAACAUGACAGCAAGCAGCUGUGCUCCAUCUCGGCUUUCCAGCACCUGUCGAGGCCAUCAGAGGGCAACAGCGCUGGAGGCGCAUCAGCAGUUAGUGAGGAGGGUUUGAGAAAAGACGCGGCCGUCACCGCUGUUGCAGUGGGAGCGGCGGUCCCGGUGGCAGUUGCUACAGCUUGCAUGCAGGGCGGCGACGGCGAUGAGGACUGCGCCGGCGGCAUGCCGCGCCUGCGGCGACCGUCGCAGCAACCCUCGCAGCGGCGGCUUCUAAAGAUGGUGACGACGUCGCUCGAAAGUAGCGAGUUUGCGCACCUCAACCUAGCUGUGCAGGAGGCGGACAGGCACCGGGCCGUCGCCGCUGCGGAUGACGCUGUAACGGCAUCAAAAGCCGACACACCGGCAGCAGCCGUACCUCCUGGGCUGAUUGCGUCCCGCAGCUCCUCACACGGAGUGGCGUUCAUGGCUACAGCAGCGCUUGAGGACGCGCCAGCCAAGCCGGGCCCGGUGCAAGCGCAAAUUCCGGCGCCCUUCAUCCGGCGCCCGUGCACAUCACAACGCCACCAAGAUGCCGGCCGGCUGCACGGCUUCUUGGGGCGCGCGGCGGCUGGUGCCCAUGCGGCAGAUGCGUCGGCUGCUGCGGAGUGCCGCGCCGCCCCCUGGCACGUCCGCUGCACGCACGCGCAGCACGGCAUUCUGGUGCGCGGACUCUUCGACGUCUGCAGCGAGGAGGACGUGUACGGCACGGGGUGGGAGACACCGCCCCUGGACGCCGGUAACAGUGGAGUGGUGCUUGCGGACCAUCUGGACCUGGCGCUGGUGAGCCUAGGCAGCGCCGCCACGCACCGGCGGGGCCAAAACACUGCAUUUGGCGGUGACAGCAGCCUCGGCGGCGGCGGAAGUUACAUGGGGACGCUUACAUGGCUUGGGGACUAACGUUUGCGGCCAUGGGGCGUUCGUGUGUUUAAGGGAAAGGAAACACACGCUUUGAUGUGCGCGUGUGCGGUAAGCUUGUUAGCGGGAGCGCUGCUCCUGCGUAGAGAAAGGAUGCCAUGCCCUGCAGAACUGUGAUUCCGUCCGCUGACGUACUGGCAAAUAACCAUGCACGCUUGACGGCUAUUUCGUAGGCGGGUGUUUCCAUCGCGGUAGAGGGCUUUUGGACUGCUCCUUGUACACCCAGUCCCGGUAUUGGACAGCGGGGUACUUGCUGUGGUACUGACAGGGGCCCCUGGUGUUUCAAGGAAAGAAUUGAAUGGCACGUGUCCUGCUGUACAAUAAGCUCGCAUGAUGUUGGUAAGAAGGGUGUUGCUGGUGCGCUGACCGACCGGGCGAAAGCCGAUGGAUGACUUUCGAUUGUAUGUACGUACGGUAGCGCUGAACAGAUAUAAGAUAGUAGUAAUGGUCGGGGCACAGAUUUAUCACUGGUUGGAAUGUGUGCAUUCACGUGCAUAUCCGCAACGCAUCCCUUCGCGGAAGUUUCAUCUGGUUUUGUUCGGUGGUGUAUCAGUUGGCAUGGAUUGCGUGCAUGUGCAAGGCAUGUGAUGUAGACCAACGUGCACAUUGAUGUCAGUUGUAUGUACAAGCCUGUACAAGGGAUUGGAACCUGCACGCCGUGUCGUGCACAGAUGCACGUGCUACCAGGUGCUACUUGCCUGGUCAUUCCAUGACUUCCGUUAAUCAAGGCGAGAGGA